AUGAAUUCGUUAUUUAGUGGAUCUGAUGCCAAUAAAAUUAUUGUUGGUACUAAAUCCACAAAAUUCUAUGCAAUUGAUCCUACAACCAAAAAGUUGAUAAAAACAUUUGAUAAUAAUGAAAGAGAUAAUGAAAACGAAUGUCCUUUUUUACCUAAAGAUGCUUUAUACAUUUGCAUGAAUGCUCCAAAUGGUGAUAUAUUAUCAACUAAUUCUUAUUCUACUCGAAACGAAUGGCAUCAAGUACUUCGAUCUCCUUUAAAAGUGGAUAAUAAUGAUGACGAAACUUGUCAACUUGAGCAUAUUUUUAGAUUAGGUAUCGAAGGUCCAUCACCCCUCUCUUCGCCAUCGUCUUCAUCACCUUCAUUAGAAAAUAAUUAUUCCUCUUCUGCUUCUCCUUCGAUAGAUAAAGCUGAUUCCAUUAUUAGUUUAACACGUAUUGGAUUCUCGUUAUUCAGUAUUAUUUUAUUGAUUUUUAUUGGUAUUAUUUAUUGGAACAAGUAUAAUAAUAAAAAUGGCAGACAUUUUUUUAACAAAUUAUCGUUGACUCCAUUACUUGGAACAAUUGCACAAAAGUAUAAUGAUUUUAAUGAAACCUUUUUUAGUGACGAUAGUAGUGGCAAUGGUAUUAACCAAGUAAAAUCCAAUAAAAAAGAAGUUGGUAAUAAAAAGAAAAAGAAAGGUAACAAAAACCAUAAUCAUAAUAAUAUUAAUGCAAAUAAUAAGAAAGUCGAGCUUAAAAAUGAUGAUUUGAAAAUAAAUGGCACUACAACUUCUAAUAAAGAAACAACAAUAACAAAUAACAAUAAUAGUCAAAAUUUAGAUGUUAACCUUCCUACUUCAACUAUUGAAAACAAUGCAUCAUCUAACAUUUCCACUGCUGUAGUUAAUGGCGAGUUUAAAUUAAAUUCUUUAGUAAUUACAGAUACCGUUUUAGGUUAUGGAAGUCAUGGUACCAUUGUAUAUAAAGGAAGCUUUGAAGGAAAAGAAGUAGCUGUAAAACGGUUACUGCUUGAUUUUUAUGAUAUAGCACAUCACGAAGUAUCAUUGCUUCAAGAAAGUGACGAUCACCCAAAUGUUAUAAGAUACUAUUGCAAACAACAAUGUGACCGUUUCUUAUAUAUUGCACUGGAACUUUGUCCUGCUUCUUUACAUGAUUUUAUAGAAAGAGGUUCGAUGUUUGAACAUGCGCAUCUGAUAGAGUCAUUACACCCAUCAAAAAUCCUUUAUCAAAUUAUUUCUGGUCUACAUCAUCUCCACUCUAUCAAACUGGUACAUCGAGACAUCAAACCACAAAAUAUUCUAAUAGCUGCUUCAAAACACAAGAAAACAAUCAAAAAGAAAGGUGUGAUUGUUUAUGAAAAAUCGAAAAUCAGAGUGCUGAUUUCUGAUUUUGGAUUAUGCAAAAAGUUAGAAGGGGAUUCAAGUAGUUUUCACAAUACUGCAAACAACAUCGGAGGUACGAUUGGCUGGAGAGCGCCAGAGUUGUUAUCACACACAUCAUUAUCAUCAUCACCAGACAACAAUACUACAGCAGCAGAUGCAUGGACAUCCGUGGACCAAUCAAAUUGUUCUUUUACAUCGUCAGGAUCAUUGAAUAGUGAAGAAGAUUGUCCACGCAGAAUCACAAAAGCAAUAGAUAUUUUCUCCGCAGGUUGCUUAUUUUAUUAUGUGUUGUCCAGAGGAUGUCAUCCAUUUGGAGACCGGUAUUCCAGAGAAAUAAAUAUAUUGAAAGGAGUAUACGAUUUAAAUAAAUUGGAUGAUAUAGAAAAGGAAGGCAUCGAGGCUAGAGAUUUGAUUGAAAGGAUGAUCGAGCGUGAUCCUGAAAAAAGGCCAAAUGCGGAAACAGUGAUGACGCAUCCAUAUUUUUGGUCGUCGUCUAAACGACUUGGAUUUUUACAAGAUGCGUCUGAUAGAUUUGAGAUAGAGGAAAGAGAUCCACCAUCACCGUUACUUAAUCGUCUUGAGCAAGAUUCCAGUAAAAUAAUAGGUACUGAUUGGUACAAACGUAUAGAUAAAAUUUUAGUGGAGAAUCUUGGUAAAUAUAGAAAAUAUGAUGGAGCCAAAAUAAGGGACUUAUUACGAGCUUUAAGAAACAAGAAAAAUCAUUAUCAAGAUCUUCCAGAUCAUGUAAAAAGAUCGCUUGGAGAGAUCCCAAAUGGAUUCCUUUUUUAUUUUGUUUCAAGAUUCCCAGAACUUAUGCUACAUGUUUAUUACGUGAUAGCAGAGUCGGAAUCUUUAAAGAAUGAAAAUAUAUUCAAUUGUUGUAUUUCUUCUUCUAUUGAUAAAAUAGAAAGAGGUGAAGAAGAUAAACGAAAUAAUGAUUGUUAUUCUUCAUGA